CCGCCAAACUUAAAGCAACAAGGAGCACAACAACAACAGCAGCUGCAGCACCCGCUUUGAUUAACGAGGAGACUUAUUUGCUCAAAAUGUCUCUUAUUCCAAAGAGGCGCUGUCCCGAUCCGAUGAACGACUCGAUGGAGAAAAGGAUAAAGCGGAUAUCAAUCGAGGGAAAUAUCGCGGCGGGCAAAUCUACCUUCGUGCGCCUUUUGGAGCAGGAGAGCGGGGACUGGGAGGUGGUACCAGAGCCAAUCGCCAGAUGGUGCAAUGUCCAAACAAAAGGCAGUGACUUUGAGGAGCUGACCACGUCUCAGAGGAGCGGAGGGAACGUAUUGCAGAUGAUGUAUGAGAAACCAGAAAGGUGGGCCUACACCUUCCAGAGCUACGCCUGCAUCAGCCGGGUGCGCGCUCAGAUCAGGUCAGCCAACGGGAAGCUCCGAGAGGCUGAGAACCCCGUGCAGUUCUUCGAGCGGUCCAUCUACAGUGACAGGUACAUCUUUGCAGCCAACCUCUAUGAGAGCGAGUGCCUGAAUGAUACAGAAUGGUCAGUCUACCAGGACUGGCAUGGCUGGCUGCACAGCCAGUUUGGCAAGAGCAUCGAGCUGGACGGUAUCAUCUACCUCAGAGCUUCACCGGAGAGAUGUUUAGAGCGGUUGCACCUGAGAGGCAGAGAAGAAGAGGAAGACAUCCCUCUGGAGUAUCUGGAGAAGCUCCACUUUAAGCAUGAGAGCUGGCUGCAGCACAAGACCAUGACCAUGGACUUCAAGUAUCUCAGUGAUGUACCAGUUCUGACCAUUGAUGUGAAUGAAGACUUUAAGGGGAAUGAAAGCAAGAGAGCUGACAUGAUAGAGAAGGUGAAAGAGUUCUUGAGCACGCUGUAAAGACGGCCUGCUGACGGAAAACAUGAUCCGUGCCCGCGGGAGGAGGAAGUAGAUGUGUGUUACUUCUUCAAACAAUGAAAUGCCUCAAUAACGACAAUUCUUAUUCUAUACAAUCAUUAAAAAUGAUCUUGCCUGUCCUAUUUUUAUCAACUUUUAUUACUUUUUUUUACAUCUGAUGUGUAUUUAUGGAAAAUAUGUGGCCAUUGGUCCAUUCACAAAUGACAAUAAACUUGAAAUACUUUAAAGAA